GCGACACUUGCAGAGCGGAGGCAGUAGUCGAGCGACCACAGUAGCGGCGGGAGCGUCUGCAGUGUGUACGAUGUCGGAUUCACUGGGAAGUGGUAGCGGCGCCGGCGACUCCGAUGGAGAAAGAGAGCCCAAGCGACAGAAAGUUCGUGAAGCGACACCGGAGCCGAGCUCUUCCACAGCACCGGGGCCGAGUACUUCCACAGCACGACAGUCAGCAGCGACUCGUCGCGCGGCCUCACCGCAGCCGGGGCCUUCCGGAGAGCAGCAAGAGCCAGACUCGCAGAAUCCGGAACCUGAAGAGCUAGCCAAAGCGCUGCAGAACGGAAAAUCAGCGAAGGGCAAGUCGAAGAAACGGAAGAAGACUCCGAAAGUGGUGCCACCAAAACUAGGGAGCAAGCGGGCUCGGCGCUUGAGAAAACUCAUGCGCCAACGGAAGCGCGAGAUGGAGCGGAAGCACCGCGACCGGCUCGUUCGCUUCUGGGAUGGCGUCAUCAGUUACUACAGGAAUCUACCGCCCCAGCCACAACCAGGUCCACAAGCCAACUUGCCUUUACUUGGAGCACAAGAUCAACCCGGUAAAGAAUUUUCUUGUAUAAAUAGUUUUGUAAACUGGAAGCAACUCAGUUUGCUGUGUGUAAUGUUGUCGUCCACCUUACUUGUGAUAAUUACAAAAUACGAUUUUAUGCUUGUAGUUACUGCGCAAUUAUAUGUUGCUUACUCUAUCGGUGCUACAGCAGAAGACGAAAGUGCGGUCAAAAUAUAUAUAUAUUUUCAUUCUGGAAACGAUAACAUUUUCUUCUUGCCGUGUGACUGUUUCAUAUCACUUGCACUUGAAGCAAAAUAUGAUUUUCCGAUUCUGGAUGCAGCACAAAUAGCAGCUGAACAGGUAGUGGCCAACGCGGCUGCAGAAGCAGAGCAAGCAGCCCCCCAGGUACCAGAUGUGCAGAUCGUCGAGCCAGAUGCUGGAGAGCAAGGUGAGCCACAAGCCGCUGGAGGUGAUGCUGGAGACGCGGGCCAGGCUGCAGCUCAGCCGCAGAUGUAAAGGAUCAUCAUCUAUUCACCACACUAAUACUCGCUCUACAUUACUUCGCACAUGAAAUGAGUGAGGUCUUCGGUGAUCCAUUAUGCUUUCUGAAAAUGGUGCCAAGUUUACCUGACGCUGGAUUAAUAUGCUGAACUCUUGUCUUUGUGGACUGUUACAUGAUGGAGGCUAUCUUUUGUAGCCAUCAUGAGAUUAUUGAUUAGUACCUUUAGCAAGAAUAUCAUGUCAGCCAUUCCAUGUGAAAAAUGGCAGGACAAUAUUUCAGUGUUUACACUGUUUGCUCUGAUUUUAAUUAAUAACCUUGUUCUUUGCUACUUGCAUCAGCUCUCUUAAUUUUAAGACUUUAGUUCCUUUUUAAAAAUACAGAACCCUGUGUAUCAAGUAUCUGUCAUUAAACAUGAGAGGAUACCAUUCUUGAAACACAGUUCUGUUUGUGAAUGAGAUAAGUGAGAGUGUAAAAGACACUAAAUGCUAUGUAAAUAGGAGAGCAGUUACCACUAUCAAGUGCCUUACAGAAAACAGAGAAGUGCUUAACUGCAAAAAAGUAAAGUGCAUAUGAUUUUUGACCUACAUCUAUGAUGUUUCUUUUAAUGGCACAAGAUGUUCAAAUAAUCAGCGAAAUGAAAUAUUUUAAAAUUACUUUUGUAACAUGAUUUCCACUUUCUGCAGGAAUGAAAGAUAACCUAUCUCUCUUGUCCAUGUGUUAAAGGUGCUAUAAGAUACAAAUGAUUUAUUUUGCUAUGAGUUUGAAUCAAUUGCAUUGGUAAGGGAAAGGUUUUUUGUUGAAGACUUGAAUUACCUUCCUAUAUUAUCAUUAUUUCAAUAUAUGUUGAUAUGGAUCAGUAGUUUCACUUUGAUCUGUGAAAUACAUUUAGUUAUUACUAAUUCCUGCUGCAUUGAUUUGAGCCCUGAUGUUACUCGAGAAAAAGUUCUGGGGCAAUAGAUAAAAAGUACUUGAGUGAAGGAACUACUCAGGAACAAGCACUUAGUUUAUAUUUAAACAGUACAGCAGAUUUCCACUUUAACACACUCAGCCAAGACCUUAUCUUUGACACAAGCCUUUUGUAGCUUACUAUUAGCCCUCCAGUCCAACAGAGGGUAUUUUAUAUGUAUUAUUCUAUCAAAUAAUACAUGUGCCCCAUUUCACAGUAGAUUAGCACAUUGUUAAUGAAAUUGGUGUUAUAUUAGGAUAAACGAAGAUUCAGUUUCCCAUCUCACCAUUCUGGUUGAGAUUUGUCUUGUCCACUCUGGAUGCUGAUGAACAAUGCUGCUGAUGGCAUGAUUCUAGCAGAAACAGCUACCCUUUUUACCUCUACAUAGUUUCUUCUCAGGUCCUCUAUUUUAAUCUAGAUUAUCAAUGGUUUCAUUAAACACCUUCAUGUUUACCUAAAAUUUACGCUGCAGAAACAACUACCAAAAAUUUUAUUGAAGAACAUCUUGUUCCUUAGAUUUUAGGCGUUGAUUCUUUGACACUUUCAGCACUAUUACUUCAUAUUUGCUGACAAAUUCUGUAACAUCUAAAUAACAAUCGAGCAACAAUUAGAGGCAGAACAAACUGUGUCAUGUUUCUCUUACAGUAUUUGCCACAAUAUUUUGUAGGUAGGCUAGGAUGAACUAGGACGGAUGACCUCAGUGUUUAGUCCCAUAACCCUCCUCAAUCAAUCACUCAGUCAAUAGGAUGAACUAGAAAUUCGAGAUAAAAUGCUUUCAGCCACAUGUAAUUUCAUGAUGAAAUAAAUAAGUUUUUGAAUAUAACACAUAUAUUUUUGUAUCUCGUGACUGUAACUGUGUCCUUUGAUGUCUAUGUUUCACUGUGUAUGCCUUGGGAAGCACAAAAGGAAGUGGAAUGAUGACAAAUGUUUUAAAAAUUAAUUCAAUAAUAGUUUAAAAUAUCAGUACAGAAAUUAGUUUAUUUUGAUGAUUGGUUGUGUUUGUGUAUAGACCAUUAAUGUGUAAUGGAGAUGUGCUUCUAGACCUGCAAUUACUUUUCAUACAAGUAAACAUAAAUUAAUUAUGUAUGAUCAUUUCUCAGCUGAGAUUUGUAGAAAGUGAAACUUGUAAAUUUUUGGAUAUAUCAUAAUUGCAGCUUAUGUAUAAUUGCAGCUUCCGUAUAAUUCUCACAUGAUUCUUAGUGCAAAGAAAAGCAUUAAAGGCCUUGAACAACAUGAGUGGGUGUUCCAAACAUUGUAGAACAUAAAGUUUUGAAAUGCAAAUGGACAAUCUACUUUUAUCUCUCUGGUGUUUGAGAUAAUACUUAUUCUUAAACGUAUUAUAGUUGAUUUAAUUUACUGUAGCAUUCUGAAUUUUAAAGAUUAUUUUAACUGCAUAUGUGGUUUUGCAAUACAUUUAUGUAUACAUGAA